UUAAUUUCUCUACUCUUAACAUCUGUCUGAAACAAGUUUACCAAUGGUGAUAACUGAAAAUACGCGACAUCAAACAAUCAGAAAGUAAGCUAUUCAUUGACAAUUUGCAAAUAACUUGCAAUAUUGCAGUAAAAAAUGAAAUAAAAUGGCAACAAUUUUACAAAUGUCUGACAUCGGCUUUUUACAUACGUGUUGUGUUUAUCGUUCUAGUUAAUAAAUCUUUGCUUUGAAAAGUUACAAUGAAAUAUCUCUACAUUUUAAUAUUUAUGUGUUCUUUAGUUUAUUGUGAUGAACAUACACACACGUAUAAAGAUGGAGAACAGGUAGUGCUAUGGAUGAAUACUGUAGGCCCAUACCACAAUCGACAAGAGACCUAUGCUUAUUUUUCUUUGCCAUUUUGCGUUGGAACCAAAGUUACAAUAGGCCACUAUCAUGAGACAUUAUCUGAAGCUCUUCAAGGAGUUGAAUUGGAGUUUAGUGGUCUCGAUAUCACUUACAAAGAUAAUGUCCCAGCACAACAAUUUUGUGCUAUCGAACUUGACGAACAGGCUUAUAAAGCACUUGUGUAUGCAGUAAAGAACCAUUAUUGGUAUCAGAUGUACGUGGACGACCUUCCGAUUUGGGGUAUUGUUGGUGAAAUCGAUGGUGACAAUUACUAUAUCUGGACACAUAAGAAGUUUGAUAUUGGAUAUAACGGUAACAGGAUCGUUGAGGUGAAUUUGACUGCCGAGAAUAAAGAAAAGCUCGCAUUAGGUGCCAAAAUCCCAUUCACUUAUGAAGUGAACUGGAAGCGCAGCAACAUACGUUUUGAGGAUCGGUUUGACAAAUAUUUAGAUCCCAAUUUCUUCCAGCACAGAAUACAUUGGUUCAGCAUAUUUAACAGUUUUAUGAUGGUUAUCUUUUUGGUAGGACUUGUGUCUAUGAUUCUCAUGAGAACCCUAAGAAAGGAUUAUGCUAGAUAUUCUAAAGAUGAUGAUCUUGAUGACUUGGAGAAAGACUUGGGUGAUGAGUAUGGUUGGAAACAGGUUCAUGGAGAUGUAUUCAGACCUGUCCCACACUUAGGCUUGUUUUCUGCUUUAAUUGGAGCAGGCUACCAGCUUACAGUUGUCACACUAGCUGUAAUCAUAUUUACCAUUUUUGGUGAACUUUAUACUGAAAGAGGUUCCUUAUUAUCUACAGCUAUUUUCAUCUAUGCAGCUACGUCACCAGUAAAUGGUUACUUUGGUGGUUCUCUGUAUGCUAGGAUGGGAGGAAGGCUUUGGAUUAAACAAAUGUUGUUGUCUGCCUUCCUAUUACCAGUGAUGGUGUGUGGUACUGCAUUCUUUAUAAAUUUCAUUGCUAUGUAUUACCAUGCUUCACGGGCUAUUCCUUUUGGUAGCAUGAUUGCUGUAAUGUCAAUUUGUACCUUUGUCAUCUUGCCCUUAACCUUAGUAGGCACAGUACUUGGGCGAAAUCUAGCUGGUCAACCUGAUUAUCCAUGCCGUAUCAAUGCUGUACCCAGACCAAUACCUGAGAAAAAAUGGUUUAUGGAACCAUUCAUCAUUAUUAUUAUGGGAGGAAUACUACCUUUUGGCUCAAUAUUCAUUGAAAUGUACUUUAUUUUUACCUCAUUUUGGGCAUACAAGAUCUACUAUGUUUAUGGGUUCAUGUUAUUGGUGUUCCUGAUUUUGAUGAUUGUCACUGUGUGUGUGACCAUUGUUUGCACUUACUUCCUCUUGAAUGCCGAGGACUACCGCUGGCAAUGGACCAGUUUCCUUUCUGCUGGAAGCACAGCUCUCUAUGUCUACCUGUAUUCAUUUUACUAUUUCCUUUUCAAGACAAAGAUGUAUGGUUUAUUCCAAACUACUUUCUAUUUUGGUUACAUGGCAUUAUUCAGUUUGGCACUAGGUAUAAUUUGUGGAACUGUUGGUUAUAUUGGAACCAGUUUAUUUGUAAGAAAAAUCUACUCAACUGUUAAGAUUGAUUGAGAUACUGGUGCAAUUAUAUAGGUUAUCAAAAAAUGUAUUGAAGCAUGGAAUGUAUCUCUUGGGUAGCUACUUGAAGCAGUGUUUCACACAAAUUAAUUGUUUUGAAAAACUCUUAUAUUUUAGGAGAUAUUGAAUAGCCCUUACAAGGAUCUAAUUUUGGGUAUAUAUAAAUAUAAUUACAAUAUAUAGUGAUGAUAAACUAAUCUAUAUGAUAUUCAUCAAAUAUCUACACUAUAGAAUCUAAUCAAUAGAUAAGAAUAUUGUAAUUCCAUAUGUGAUCAUUAUUUGAGAAUUUUUUUUUCAAAAAGUUUAGUAAAAAUUAUGCAAUGUAUUUAAACUAAAAUUGUAUAGAGAGAAACGGCAUGAUUAUCCUUUUUCAGUUAUUCAAAUAUUAAUUAUUGUAAGCUUAACAGUCUUUGUUGAGUUUAGGAAUUCAAAUACAUUUUUAUUGUUUAAUUAUAGAAAUAUAAACAUUAUUUUCUUGUUAGUUUAUUGCAAAUUAUGUUUUAAACAAACCAACAAAUGAUAUAUUAUGAUGCUUCAACUAUUGUUCAUUUUAUAAAUAUCAUAGUAAGUAAUAAUAUUGCCCAUAAUAAAAGAUAAUUAUUAUAAAAUUGUGGCUAAAUAAUUGUUAAUAUUUUAUAGCUACACUGAAACAUUUUGUGUAUCACAAUAGUAUCACAUUAGUCAAAAAUUUUGUUGAUCUAAUAUUAAUCAAUAUUGGAAAGCAAGUCAUGGAAAUACUUCUGUAUUAUAUUGAAGCACUUGAGUCUUAUUUAAUCUCUUGUUGAUUUAUGUUAAAGCUAUGAUGAAUGACUGUAUUGUAAUAUCCAUUUAGGGAUUCAGACUUGUUGUGAAAUUAGGAAGCACUUAGAUCCCUAAGAGUGUGAUCAUUAUUGUUAAGGUGUAUUUAGGUUUAAUUCUUAAAAUACCUAUGUAAAUAUUAUAAUAUAUAGAUGUUGACACUAACAAGUAUUCCAUAGCUUUCUUUUGUAUUUAUUUGAGUAUGAUGUUAAGUCGGAAACAUUUAUGUAAUGCCAUCCAUCAUUAAAAAUUGUAAUAAAUAUUGUGAGAAAUAAAGUGACUAUGAAAAAAUA